AUGUUGGCAGUUAGAACUCCCCUUCGCUUGAAUGUACGUGGGAAUCAUACUCUGACAGCCAAAACCACGCCUGACGGCCCACUUGUUGGAGUCAAAAUUCUGGAUUUGACACGCGUUCUGGCGGGCCCAUUUUGCACGCAAAUCCUGGCGGACUAUGGUGCUGAUGUGAUCAAAGUGGAAAAUCCAAAUGGAGGAGACGACACCCGACUCUGGCGCGAAGCUGGAGAGGAGGCUAUAUGGAAACCCGAGGCUUCCAAUACUUCUAUCUAUUUCAAUACCAUCAAUCGAAACAAGCGCUCGAUUGCGGUCAAUCUGAAGAAAGAGAGCGGAAGACAAAUUAUCCUAGGCCUUGCCCGUAAGGCAGAUGUGGUAGUGGAGAAUUUUAUCCCCGGAAAAUUGGAUAAGCUUGGCCUUGGCUAUGAUGUCUUGAAAGCUACCAACCCAUCUAUCAUCCUAGCGAGUAUUUCAGGAUAUGGCGCCGACGGACCAUAUGCGCAGCGCGCAGGCUACGAUGUGAUCGGAGCAGCCGAGGGCGGCCUACUCCAUAUUACAGGAGAGGCAGAUGGCCCUCCCACUAAGCCUGGCGUCGGCCUAAUGGACAUGUGCACAGGCUUGUAUCUUCAUGGCGCAAUAGUAUCAGCAUUACUUGCACGAGGAAAAACAGGCCACGGACAGAAGAUUGAUACCUCGCUAUUUGAGACGACUAUUUCCAUUCUCUCCAAUGUGGGAAUGUCCUGGAUGAACCUCGGCAAAGAAGCCCAGCGUUGGGGUACAGGUCAUCCAACCAUCGUUCCAUAUGAGGCCUUCAAAACGAAGGACUCGUUUCUCGUCGUGGGUGCCGUUAACAGUCGGCAGUUUGAGACCCUCUGUGGUUAUCUAGGAGAAGAAGGGCUGGCCAACGAUCCUCGCUUUCUGGAUAACAAUGCCCGAGUCCAGAAUCGUAAAGAGCUCAAGCGCAUAUUGGAUGAUCUCUUCGUCCGGAAGUCGAGGGGAGAAUGGGAAAAGAUAUUUGAAGGGAGUGGAAUGCCGUACGGUCCAAUCAACAACUUGGAAAAUGUCUUUUCGCAUCCACAGACAGUGGCAAGAGACAUGAUGCAGACAGUCACUCAAGCUGAGGCGAUAUCGGGAAAUGUCAAGGUCCUUGGAAUGCCUGUGAAAUUUAGCGAGUCGAAACCGACAAUCAGAGAAGGGCCACCUUCUCUGGGGAAACAUACCGACGAUGUACUUCAAGAACUUGGACUAACCCCGGAAGCAAUCAAGAAGCUACGCAAAGAAGGAGUGAUUGGAGCUAUUGCUGCGUUCUGA